CCAGCUUCCAUGCACCACGCACGUCGGGGAGACUCUCCCUAAACACCUUGGAUUCACCUCAUGGCAUUAAAAUGUAAGUCGCAUAGUGCUUUUACGUCGCUUGGUCCAUUGUCCAUUCCCCUCCCAUUCAUCCAUCCCGUUUACCCCGGAUUCCCGCCGCGAAAGGACAGCUCAGGACCCAAACAACCGCUGACGACAUCCCAAAUGACAGCUGCAAUCCGCAAAUUGCGGAAUAACCCUCGAUUCCUCUUCGUGCGCCUUCCGCAUCUCCUCUCUUUUCUCUGCAUUGUCGCCGGCGUCGCUUGGCUGCUACUCCUGCCCCUCAAUGAUUACUCCCGCCGAACCUACAUCUCCGAGAACGCGCUUCUCCCCGGUCAAGUCCAUGCGUAUUUCUCGGGCAGUGAACAGCAUAUCUUUCGCGGGUACAAGAAGGAAUUAGAAGGACUGCUUCCUGAGGGGUAUCAGGGGGAGGGACAAGAUAAGGCGGAUGUUGAAUUUACACCUGCGUAUGUUGGCAUGGUUGUCUGGUGGUCGACCUUCUUAGGGACACGGAGUCGCUAACCCGUGGGCUUUUGAUUAGGAUAUCUGAGAAGAUACAAUCGAUUCUACGAGCUGCUGGGCUGAAAGUCGCGAUGCAGAAUUACAAAUACACUUCCUCGGGGAUCACGCACCAAGGGCAGAAUGCCUACGCGAUCAUUCAUGCGCCGCGGGGCGAUGCGACAGAGGCAAUUGUUCUCGUGGCGGCGUGGAAAACUGCCGACGGAGAGUUGAAUCUCAACGGUGUGACGUUGGCGCUGACGCUGGCACGAUACUUUAAACGAUGGUCUUUGUGGUCGAAGGAUAUUAUUUUCGUGAUCACGCCUGAUAGUAAAACGGGGACGCAGGCUUGGAUCGACGCCUAUCAUGAUAUGCAACCGCCGUCGGUCCAGCCUCUUCCUCUGAAGAGUGGAGCGUUGCAAGGUGGCCUGGUGGUUGAGUAUCCCUUCGAUCACCGCUUCGAGUCGCUGCAUAUUGUCUACGAUGGAGUCAACGGCCAAUUGCCCAACUUGGAUCUGUUUAAUACCGCAGUGUCAAUCGCUGGGGGUCAGAUGGGAAUCGGAUCCGGCUUGCAGGAGAUGUGGAAUCACAAUGAUAGCUACGAGAAACGUCUCGAGACAAUCAUGCGAGGCAUGGUCAAGCAAGGCUUUGGAUACGCCACUGGGGCCCAUAGCAGUUUCAUGCCGUACCAUAUCGAUGCGAUUACCUUGCAGACCAAAGGCGAAGGCUGGCAGGAUGAGAUGGCGCUCGGUCGAACUGUGGAGAGUCUCUGUCGCAGCUUGAAUAACCUGCUGGAGCACUUGCAUCAGAGUUUCUUCUUUUACCUGCUGAUGCACACCAACCGGUUCGUCAGUAUUGGGACAUAUCUUCCCAGUGCGAUGUUGGUUGCCGGCAACUUUACUAUCAUGGCGAUUACCUUGUGGUUGCGGACUGGAUACUAUCGGGAUUCUGAGGAGGCAUCCUCUAAGACCACUACUUCCCAGGAUGAGAAAUCUACGACCAAGUCGACCAAGUCGAUCAAUGCAGACGAUCAAGCCCCGGAAAAGAAGCCUGGUUCCAACGGUAUUAUCGAGCGUCACCUCGCUCUGCCACUUACAUUCGUUGUCAGCCUUCACCUGCUCGGCCUGGUUCCCCUGUACAUCUUCAACAACCUCUCUUACAAGUACUUCACCACGGCAACCUACAUCUGCAUCGCCGCCGACCUCAUCCUCCCUCUCCUCCUCUCCACGCUUCUCACGCAAAGCGCCCAAUCCUCCACCCCCCAACAACACCACCUCAUCAAAUCCUUCUCCCUCCUCCUCCUCGGCCUCUUCCUCUCCACCCUCGCCACCCUCAACUUCUCCCUCUCCUUCAUGGUCGGCCUCCUCUGCACCCCCCUCAGCUUCAUCACCCGCAUCAGCCCCCGCCUCAACGCACCCCUCCGCUACGCUCUCUCCUCACUCGGUCUCCUCAUCCUCAACGCCCUCUCGCCCCCCGUCGUGGUCCUCGCAGCGUGCUGGUACACGGGAGUCUCGGUUGAGACGGUCCUCACGCAGGCGGCUUUCGGGUGGGAUGUGUGGGGUAUGUGGACGCAGGUGGUCGUUUGGUGUGUUUGGUGGCCCGCGUGGGUGAUUGGGUGUGCAUUGUUGGGUUCUUCGUUCUUUUGAUCUUCAGGCUUUCAAGCUACGAUGUUUUUUUUGUUUGUUAGGGGUACUUUGAAACUCUUGCGAGUUGAGGACCGGAUGGGAUGGUACAGUAUAUAGAGUCCUUUUUAUAAAGAUGUAUGUUUAUACGGAAUGUCUAUCGCAUAUUACAAUACAUCCGGCUCAUUGCGCAGAGAUACUGUCAUAUCAGUAACAGG